AUGGGGAUGAUGAUCAACCCUACCUUACAAGAUUUUGGGUAUAAAGCCAGGGGCGGGCCCCGGGCCCGGACCGAGGAGUCCAGCCUCCACACCGAGCCCGAGAGGGCCGGCCUCGGGCCUGAGUCGGGGACCGACGGACAGGCUGAGCCUGAAGCAGCUGGCUCCGGGGCGGGGACGGAGCGGCCCAGCCAAAAGAUGGAGCCAGGCAGGUCCAUCCUCCGGACACAUCCAGAAAGGAGCAGCCACUGGUCAAAACUGGAGACAGCCGGUGACUGGACGGAGACUAGUACAGAUGGCUUUUGGACUGAUCCACACAGGUCUGACCUCCAGUGUCAGCCAGAGAGGGCUAACCUCUGGGCACAGCAAGGGGUUGAUGGGCCGUGGGCAGAGCUAGAAAUACAUGGGUCACAGACCCAGCCAGAGAGGGCCAAGCCCAGGGCUGAUAACCUCUGGACCCACCAGCACAGGUCCAGCGUCCGGACUCAGCCAGAAGGGGCCUCUCUCUCAACAGAGCCAAAUGCUGAUGGUUCUUGGAAAGAAUUGUACACUGAUGGCUCCAGGACACAACAGGAUACCAAAGACCCCUGGAUAGAGCAGCACAUUGAUGGCUCCCAGAUACAACAGGAUACGGAAACAACCUGGAAACAGCUUGACAUCGAUGGUUUCCCAACACAACAAGAUACUGAUGGCUUCUGGCCACAGCCUGGGACUGAUGGACCCCAGACACAAGAUACUCAUGGACACCAGACAGAGCCUGGGACAGACUGCCUUUUGGGGGAGCCCAACCAAGAUGGCUCAUUAGAGGAACCAGAACACGGGGAGUUGGUGACUCACCUGUACUCUCACCAGGAGUGUUGCCCCCUGACCCCUGUGCCCCGCCUCAUCAUCACUCCUGAAACCCCCGAGCCUGAGGCUCAGCCAGUGGGACCCCCCUCCCAGUUUGAAGGGGGCAGUGGAGGCUUCUCCUCUGCCUCCUCUUUCGACGAGUCUGAGGAUGACGUGGUGGCCGGGGGUGGAGGUUCCAGCGACCCCGAGGACAGGUCUGGGAACAAACCAUGGAAUAAGCUGAAGACAGUGCUGAAGUAUUCGCCCUUCAUGGUCUCCUUCCGAAAACACUACCCUUGGGUCCAGCUGUCUGGACACUCUGGGAACUUCCAGGCAGGAGAGGAUGGUUGGAUUCUAAAGCGUUUCUGUCAGUAUGAGCAGCGCAGCCUGGAGCAGCUGAUGCGUGACCCCCUGCGACCUUUCGUGCCAGCCUACUAUGGCAUGGUGCAGCAGGAUGGCCAGGCCUUCAACCAGAUGGAAGAUCUCCUGGCAGACUUUGAGAACCCCUCCAUCAUGGACUGCAAGAUGGGCAGCAGGACCUACCUGGAGGAGGAGCUGGUGAAGGCGCGAGAACGGCCCCGGCCCCGGAAGGACAUGUAUGAGAAGAUGGUGGCUGUGGACCCUGGGGCCCCCACCCCCGAGGAACAUGCCCAGGGUGCAGUCACCAAGCCCCGCUACAUGCAGUGGAGGGAGACCGUGAGCUCAACCUCCACCCUGGGUUUCCGGAUCGAGGGCAUCAAGAAAGCCGACAGGACCUGCAACACUAACUUCAGGAAGACGCGGAAGCUGGAGGAGGUGACAAAGACGUUGGAGGACUUUGUGGAUGGGAACCGCGCAAUCCUGAAAAAGUACGUGGCACGCCUAGAAGAACUUCGUGAAGCUCUGGAGAACUCCCCCUUCUUCAAGACCCACGAGGUGGUAGGCAGCUCCCUCCUCUUUGUGCAUGACCACACCGGCCUGGCCAAGGUCUGGAUGAUCGACUUUGGCAAGACAGUGGCCCUGCCUGACCACCAGACGCUCAGCCACCGGCUGCCCUGGGCUGAGGGCAACCGCGAGGACGGCUACCUCUGGGGCCUCGACAACGUGAUUCACCUUCUCCAGGGCCUGGCCCAUAGCUGA